UCCUCUGCUGGUGGCAGAAGAUGCGGGUGAGGAAUCCGAAGUGGGGGCUGGACUCGCUGGGAACAGAGUGCAUCCUUCUCUGUGCUGAAAUGCCAGGGUCAUGGGCAAAGUCCAAAGAAGCCAUUAGAAUUGAGACCGGUCCCCAGCCAACAGUCAGCAAGAGAACGGGACCCCGGUCCCACGGCCACAAGAAGCUGAGCUGGCAACCCACUGGGGACGUAGGAAAGUGGAUUCUCCCCAGAGCCUCCAGAGCACAGCCUGGGCCUUGACUCUGGCCUUGUGAGGCCCAAAGAGAACCCAGUCGAGCCCUCCCAGAUUCCUGACCCCAGCACAUCUGAGUGGGUCCAGGAAAGACCCCAGGAGACACAGGAAGGACUCAGGCAAGAUCCUGGGGGCUCUCGGGACCAGUUGCAUGAGAAGCAAGGUCAAGGACCUGCAGCAGCUGCCAACCUUCUCGAUGACUCUGGAGGACGGGCCUGGCCUCCCCCAGGACGGGCGCCAUUGAAAGGCUGUGCUUGUGACCUUGCUGCCCUCUUUUCCUGAGCAGGGCCCUUGAUCAAGCCUCUGCAGCAAGACCUCAUUGACCCGCAGACGCACAGGGCCCUGCGCGCAGAGGCCCCUGGUUAAGCCUCCGCCGCCACAUCUUGAAACUCGCCGUCGUUUCCGAGUCAGGGCCUGCACUUUCUCUGCGCCUGGCCCUGCAGAUUCUGGAGCAGCCCUGACCUGUGUCCUUGUCUGCAGAGUCUCAGCAGGAGGGAGAAUGAACGCACCCAUCUUCCCGGCGGAAACCUGUGGGCACCUCUGACCCAGGGAUCGGGCACCAGGCACAGGGUUUGGUGCUUGGUCGAUUCUUUCAAAGCAUCUGAAGUCACCCUGGGGACGGGGCUGGGGGUCCUCCUCUUGGCCUUUACAGGCCUCAAUCCCGUUGGUUUCUGCAAAGUAGGGAUGACCCCAGCUGGGGCUGUCUCUUUCUGGUGGUCCAGCUGUGAGCCUCGGGGUGCAGGCCGUCACCUCAGGACCGGUAGCGCAAAGCCACCUGUUCAGUGGUGAACAGAGUCUGGACCGUGGGGUGAAGGGAACCAAGGUCUCGACAGGACAGCAGCAGCUCCCACGCAGGUCCGUGCCUGUCCCACCCCCGGCCAGACGGUGGCCUCUCAGCUCUGUGACCUUGCUGCUGCGAGUCAUGGGACAGGGGUGCAGGUGACGGACACCACCACAGGUUGGGAGUUAAUGCUGGCCUUGACCUUCAUGGGACCAGUCGAGAGGGAAUCAGGUGUCCACUGCAUGUGAUGAGCGUCGCAGAUACCGGAGUCCCCUUCAUGUGCCCUCAGCAUGACCACUGGGCACACAGCCCAGGCUUCCACUGCAGUCCUUAAUCACCUUGCCCGAGCCUCCUCUGUCCGGUAUAGAGGCCACGGGGGCCGGGCCCAGAGGGAGCGCAACGCCCAGCUCUGGACUCCCUCAGCGGGCAAAGCUCUGCUCCCGUCUCACUCCUCUGCUCGUUUGCUAUGUUCUGUGGGGUCCUGCUAUGGUUUGGCUGUGACUUGUCCCCUAAGUGGUGGAGGCUUGGUCCUCAGUGUGGCUGUACUGAGGUGGUGGAAGCCAAGAGGUGGGAGUGGUGAGGUCCCCGGGUGCUGCUCUUAGGAAGGGAUUGACACAGUUCUCGUGGGACCCAGUUAGUUCUGCGGAGAGUGAAUUGUGGUAAAUGGCAAGCCUGGCCCUUGAAUCUCUCUCUGGCUUUCUGUCAUGUCAUGCCAUCUCUCCCUCUUGCAUGCUUACCAGCCAUGAUGCCAUCGGCCGGGAUGUGACCCAAAGGGGCCCUCAUCAGAAGCCAACCUAUGGGCUUCCCAGGCUUGGACUUUCAGCCUACAAAGAUUUCUACCAACUUCCAGGGUUGGACUUUUCUUUAUAAAUCACUCAGCCUUGGGUGUUUUGUUAUAGCAAUGGAAAACAUACUGAUACAGAUCUCUUCUUAAACACACAAUCAGAACUUAAAUCCUCAUCUCAGGACCUGUUUCUAGGGAACCUUCACCAUGAAUGGCCUAUAUUUCACCUUCAUGGCCUCACAGGAGGACUACCAGGACUGUCCUCCUGGGGCUCUUUCCUUCGGGUGCUGUUAGCAGUGUUAGUUCCUGGGGAGUGGAGGUAGCUGAGUCUGCUGGCGGCCACCAAACCCGUUGACCCUUCUUCCUGGGAGCACAUCUAGAAAACCUCUCCCAGGCUGCCUGGUGAGAAGUGGCCCCACUGCCUGCCUUCUGGCUGGCAGGAUGUGAGCAUUAGUGACUUCACCUCUUGCAGGCCCAGGUGGUGGAAAGUCCCACAACCCAUUCUCCGUCCUCUUUCCUCUUCUAGCUUAACACAGACGAAAGCUACAACCCCGGGGAGACACACUUCUGACCUGGCCGAGCUGCCCAUAGAGGCAGCCUGGGUCCAAAUCACCGAAGGGAGGAGAAGCAUUUGCUGGUGAAGAUCCUGGCCACAUGCAGAUGUUUCAGGAGGAAGGAAACCCCGCUGUUUGAGUCUUGGGGUUCAUUUGUCACAGCAGCAAGCCUUAGCAAGGCAGAGGGCGAGAGGCGGGGUCUUGGUGCUUCCUGUUCUCAUUGUCUGAGUGUCCUGAGCACACAGGCCCUUUAAUCUCACUGCAGACUGGCUGCCUAUAAGAAUCAUUAUCCCCAUUUUAUGGAUGAGGAAACUGAGGCUCAGAGUCACAUGGCUAGGAGGAGACCGAAAGGGAAUUCAACCUGACUCCAAAGCCAGUUUGCAGUACAGAUAAAGGCCCCACAUCUUUCUAAUUCCCUCUCUAGAUGCCCUUGUCCUGCAUCCCAACCCCCUCACACCUCUCCCAUGCCACUGCCAAUGGCCAGGAUCUGCCUAUGGGCCUGGGGGCAUCUGGGGCUGAUAUCAGGAAGCUAGGGAAUGUCUUAGUCAAUCUCCUCCCCUCCUCUUCUUUAGGCCACGGUUCCUGCUGCAGGGAGGACUCCCACUGUCAGCUAAGAAAGAAGCAGUCCCCACUCUGUCUCUGUGUGACAGGGUGUGGGAUUUCCAAACCCAGCUAUUCCUGUGGUCGGGGGUGGCUGAGAGGCAUGAUGAGGUAUCAGCCAGGAGCCCUGAGAGACGAUCGUCCAAUUGAGAAAGAAAGCCAAGGUGUGGACUCCAGGUCAGACACAGACGGGGAGGGCAGGUCGGAGGCCCAGAUGCCACACGCAGGCCCCAGCUUCUCCAGCUGCCUCUGCCGAGCAAGAGGAGAGUCAAGGCCCAGCAGGUGCAGCCAGCCACAUCUAGCUCCUGGGGGAGUCCCCGUAGGCCUGGACUUGUGCUGUGCCCUGGACCUGCAUGCACCCACUUGUGCCCUGGACAAAGGCAGCCUGGCAGCUUUGAGCUUCCAAUGCUCACUCCGCGCCUCCUCUAACUCCUGCCGAUCCUCCAUCCCUCCCCCGCGACCUCCCUCUCCCUCACAUCCUCACCCAUCCUUCCUCCAGGACCCCACGGUCCCCUUGCCCCCUGCACUGGCUCCCCUCCCCCACCCCUCCUCCCUGCCCCGCCUGCUCCCUCUUCCUCUGCCCGGCUGCCUCCCCUGGGCAGGGCCAUCCGCCCCACGUGUUGGCCUCUGGCUCUUGGUUGGGUUAUGGCGUAUAAUUUGCGCCUUGAGGAUAAAGAUAAUAAUAGUUACAUUUAUUGGGCACUUGCCUGGAGCAACCUCUGCCCUGAACCUGCUCAGUGUGUCGCCUCAUUUCAGUCCCACCCCACCCCCACCCGCCCCACGCCCCUGGAGAAGGGUGCUGCGGCCGUGACUCCUCUCCUGUGGGUGAGAAGUUGGGCACGGAAGGAUGGGGCAGCCACCCAGCAGCCCCCAGGGGUGGCAGGAAGAUGGAGCCAAGCCCUGCACCCACAGCCCCACACCAACUGCUCUCUGGACCUGCCGGGGCCAAAAGGGCCCCUCGGCAUCAGGUGGGGCACAGGUGGAGGCAGGACAGAGAAAUCAGGCUGCGGGAGGUAUUUGGGGCUGACCCCGGAGACCCCACAAAGAAGACCAGGGGAUGUGAUCAACGGGCGCCUGUUUUUAUUUCCAUAAGAUCGGCCAUUCCCUCUCGGGAAGCAGCAACCCUCGGGCCCCACAGACCCCUGGGUCAGAAACCAGGCCACUGGGCAUCGGGGCCUGGAGAUUAUCCCAGGACGUGUGGCACAACAGACACUCGAUCCUGUUGGGCCAAGAGUGACACUAAAUAUAGGGACAGAGGCCCUGAGGGCAGGGCAAAGUCUGAGAGGCCAGCUGGCCGGCCAGGAGGGCCCAGGGCAGGCCAUGCGUCGGCCCGGUCAGCCUUGUCCCAGGAGUCCAGGCUGGCAGGGCCUGGCAGAUGGAGGGCAGCCACCCUCAGGGCAUGCCUGGCGGUCGUGGGCGCUGGGCCUGGGUGCCUGGGUCACACGCUCUCCGGGGCCAGGCCAGGAACUAUGACGGUGCAGUUUGUCGGGGAUGGCCGACUUCCAUGGCAACGAGAGAACCGGGAAGUAAGGGAGGAGAAGAAAGAAGGACCUGGCCCACGUUAGCCAUGGGAACCUGCAAACACGUCCGAGGCACGGAGCCCCCAUCUCCCAGGGCAGCAGGAGUGGACGAAGGAAGGCCUGACCGCCUCAAGCCCUCGCCCUCCUCACCCGGUGGCAGUGCGCGCCAGGGUCCCCGAGCUUCCUGGGGGGCAGGUCUCACUGGCGCCUGCUCCAGGCCGAGUGUGUGCACGAGUGUGCCCCUGUAUCCAGCGCAGCCGCAGGCGCGCGUGCCCAUUGGACCUGCGCAGUGGGCAGUUAUUGCGAAACCAUCUGCCACGAAGCUCGAGUCCCAAGAUUCACAGACUCUUCCAAAAUAAUUAUCCCAUUUUUAAAUGUCUGCAUUUGGAAUACUUAGGCAGGCAGAUUUGAAUUCCCACUGGUUCCCAACUGGCAUUGUGCUCUCAGAGAGCCAGGCUCCGGGGACAGCAGGUUACCGCCACUCUGCAGGUUCAGAGGCGCUGAGUUCAGAGUGUAGUGCUCGUAACAGCGCCAUAGUGCAGUCUUUCCUCCACUUCUCAGGGAUCCAGAGAGGGGAAAAGUUGGCCCAGGUCACAUGGAACUUUCCAGAAGGGCCAAGACCAGCACACGGGUCAGGCCCAAGUGCUUUCCAUCAUGUCAGGUGUCCCUUGCGUGUGUAGCUGUCAGUUUUCAGAACACACACGUGCACAUACGUCAUGAUCCAGCAGCUCACACAUGUGCAUCAGCAAACACACUGGGACGAGGCGGAGAACUCAGAGAAUAAGGGAUUUGAUCUGACGUUUAAUACUUUUCUGUAAAACGGAUUCAUGCAUCGGCCAUCCUGCCAGCAGCUGGAUGCCCACCCUCUGUUCCUCCGGGGUGAGGCCAGGGUGGCCGCAGGCACCAUGGAGCACAGGUGCAGCUGAUGAGGCCCCCCAGCGUCCCCCUAUCCAGUCUAAAGAAGAACCCCCAACCUUCAAGGGGGUCACCGCGCUGCUCCUGGGUUGCUCUAACCCCGGUGAGAGGUUCCCCUGCCGGCCACCUGUGGAGUUCCUGUAGGAGGAGUGGGGGAACUGCCCCAGAGUGACAGGACAGGGCACCAGGAAGGUAAAGAGGCCCCUGGGGACGUGCCAUGGCCCUCCACCCAGCCCAUCUGCAUGGGAGGCAUCGAGAGGCAGCGACAGCCCUGCACAGGGCCAGAGCCAUGGCUCCUGCCAGGCCCCACAGCUCUGCCCCCUCCAGACUCAAGGAAGGUUUCCCCUUCCUCAACAAGAGGGCUGCUCAUGGGCUGUGAGACCGCCCAGCUCUUCACUGCCCGCUCCCUCGGUUCUCCAUGGGACACAGGCCUUGUGGCUGGGUCUCACUGUCACUGAGACUGGGCAGGGCCAGGUGGGCCUCCGUUCCUGUCCCUAACAUCAGCAUAUAACGCCUCCCUCUCUGGAUGGCCUGGCAAGUGCCCAGACCCCAGGAGGGGUGCUGGUAAGUGAGUGCUCUGCCUGUCCCUCCCAUGUCAAGGUGACAGAGUCAGGCCUCCCUCAGGACCUCGCCCGGCCCUCCACCCUGUGUUCUCAGCCCCGCCUCCCACCCAGAGCUCAGUCUGCCUUGGUGGAUAGAGUUUUGGCCUUCCUUGGAUGGCCAGGUCUGGCUGACCCUCUGUAACGCCACGUGGCUGGCCACUUAGGAUUCCCCGAGGAGCAAGGCCCAGGGUGAAAGGCUGACAGCAGGGACCCUUUGCUGGCUGCCCCCGCAGAGGUACCAGAGGGGUAGCAGCUGUGUGUCUGGCGCUGGCUCCAGAGAGACUGGACUGGGCCUGCCCCUUCCUUCCCCUCCCCCAGCUGCAGCUGGGGCUGGAGGAGGCUGGUCCAGCUCUGCCCAGGGGCCAGGUGCUGUCACAUCCAGCGGGAGAUGUAGGCCCAGCCCACAGUGACCAGUCCCCAGGGAACGCAUGAGGCUGGGCCUACCACAUUCUGGCCUUGUUGGGCCUUUCUGUCCAGUUGAAGGGCAACAGGAUGCUCCCAGCUCGGCUCUGAACAUGUUUAUGUUUAUGGAAAACCUGUCUCCAGCAGAUAACUGGGGCCUGUGGCCACUUGGGGUUUAAUGUCGUUCCCAAGAUCCCCAGGUGAUUCAGGGAAGGCAAGACGCAGCCUUGGAGAGACCAAGUGACCGGGCUGGCCACCAGAGCCAGCAGCCUCUGGGACAGUCCAGCCACAGCCCAUGGGCUACUUGAGCACCCAUGAGUCCUGGCCCGUGGGAGACGCCUUUCCCUCCGGCAGGUGGCCUGGGGAGGAAGAAGCCGCUGGGUCCCGCGGGCAGUUUGGAAUCCCACUUAAUCCCCUACGACCCCUGGAGCUCUCACUUCAGCUAUUGGAAGGGAAAACACCCAGAGACAGGGUGGGGGGCAGCUGGGGUCACACAGCAAGGGAUCCCCAGACACCAGGGCCCACGGGGGGCGCUGGGAUUGCAUGUGACAGGCCUCUUCAGCAAGGGUGGCCAAUUUGCCCAGGGCUAGCCAAGCAUGGCCACCAGGCCUGGUCCUUUUCCCAUUGGACACGCCUCCUGGGAGGAAGUGGCAGCUCACACAGGCAGUCCCAAGGAUGCCAUGGGCAGGGACAGGGGCUCGUGUGGAGGACACUUGGGAGAGUGUACGGGGGAGUGGGUUUAGAGCAGGGGGCUUCAAGGCCAGCUGAGGCCAAGGCUCUGCCUGUGCUGCCUGUCCUGCUCGUCUGUCCCAGGCUGGGCCCUUGGCAUCUAAAGUGUCAGUCAUGGCUCAGGAAGGUGCAGGCAGCUGAAAACAGCCCCGCCCCCACUUGACACCACGAUUGAUGUCCAUCCAUCUGUCUGUGGUACUGGGGGUGGAACCCAGGGGCACUUUGCCACAUGGCUACAUCGCCAGCCCUUUUAAUUUUUUAUCUGGAGACAGGGUCUUGCUAAGUUGCCCAGGCCGGCCUUGAACUUGGGAUUCUCUGGCCUCAGCCCCCCGCCCCAGUCCCUGGGAAUACAGGCGUGUGCGGCGGCACCUGGCUCAGGUCUGCUAAUUCUGAUGGACAUUCUUACAAGACCCCGCUGGCUCCCCCUUUGCACAUAUGUGCAGUAUUCCAGAGAAUGGCCCCGGCUCAGGAAGGCCUUGGGGGACCCAGGCACAGCAGGACGCACAGGAGGGGAGACCCCCAAUGCCACCCUGAGCCAGCUGCAUGGCCCAUCCUUGGGCCAGUGCCUACCAGCCACUGCUGGGUGACGAACCUCAUUCUAGGGUGCCCCCUCAUCUGGGUGCAGGGUGCACAUGAGGGUGUGGGUCAGGGUGCACUUUGACCCUUGUGGGUGGGGAGUCCAGCUUUCUCCCUGCUCACCUAGGUCCUCCCACAGCUGCCCCUUCCUCUUCCCAGGGCUUGGGGACUCUGUCUACCCUCCCCCUCCAAAGUACUGCCCAGGGCCAGGGCUCCUCUUCACCUCAGUUAUUUGAAACCAAAAUAAACUGAUAUGGAGAGGCAGCCGGGCCCGGAGCCAGGAUGCCAGGGCCCAGGGUAUCGGAUAGCGUUCCAUCAGUGGGUCAGUCGUCCCAGGGCGCGGCACUGACCUGCGGCCAGCUCCCAGGAUCCCGCUGCCCUUCCUUCUUGUGCUCUUUCCUUCCCUCCUUCCCGGAAGCGACGGCACUGUCACAGGAAAGUGUGCAGGGUCUUCAUUCCCCUUGGACCCUCCUAGGGUUGGGUCUCCUAAGAUGCCUCUCCAGUGCAUGUGCACACAUGCGCGCACGCGCGUGCACACACACACACACCCCUUUGUUCAUGGGCAUUCAGAUUAAAAUAAACACAUGAACAUGGAGAGAGGUCUGGAAGGGAGAGGCCUGGGGACUCUGGGUGUGUGUGUGUGUGGCCAGAGGCCUCUCUGGGAUUGACAGACAGCAGCAAGUCCCUUUCCCACUCUGUCC